AUGGGUACUCAAGGCCUGUCGAAACGUGCGCUGGCCUUAUUGCAGGAUGAGAAUAACUUACAUGGCGAUUUGCUGUUAAUGGACGAGUUGAGGGAUGAGUACUCAAACUUGGCUAAAAAGACGGCGAUGGCAAUUGAUAACGCGUGCCGAAUGUUCCGAUUCGAUUACGUGGAUUCUGAUUCGUUUGUUCGAUUGGGUGCCCUGUUGAAGGCACUGAAAGAUAUUGCGCAUCCACGAUUAUAUUGGGGCUAUUUGGAUGGCCGAGCAAAACCGUGGAGGAGAGGGAAAUGGGCCGAAAGAGACUGGAUUUUGUGUGAUCGUUAUUUGCCUUAUCAGGUUAGGUUCAUAUAA